GGGACCGGCACCGAGAGCCGCCCGCCCCCGCAGCUCCUCCGGCCGGAGAUUUGGGGGCGGCUCCGGCGGAGUUUCGGGGCCAGGACCUGGCGGGAGCGCCGGGAAGCACCGGGAAGCACCGGGACGGGUCCCUGGAUGCCACGGAGCAGGAUGGGCACCACGGCCGUGCUGCUGGCCCUGCUCCCCACAGCCACCGCGCAGCCCACACCGCCCCCGGGCUGCGGCCACGACCUCUCCUCCCUCUACUACAAUCUCUGUGACCUCUCAGCGGGCUGGGGCAUCGGGGUGGAAGCAGUGGCCAGCCUCGGCGUGGUGACCACCUUCGUGCUCACCAUCGUCCUGGUGGCCAGCCUGCCCUUCGUGCAGGACCACCAGAAGAAGAGCCUGGUGGCCACGCAGGUCUUCUUCCUUCUGGGCACCUUCGGCCUCUUCUGCCUGACCUUCGACUUCAUCGUGGGGCCGGAUUUCUCCACCUGCACCUCCCGCCGCUUCCUGUUCGGCGUCCUCUUCGCCAUCUGCUUCUCCUGCCUGCUGGCCCACGCCGUGGCCCUCAACUUCCUGGCACGGCGCAACCGAGCCCCGCGGGGCUGGGUGACGCUGGUGGCAGCCCUGUCCCUGGCCUUGGUCGAGGUCAUCAUCAACGCCGAGUGGCUCCUCAUCACGGUGGCACGGCACGAGGGUGGCCCCGGGGACCCCUGCCAGCUGGCGGGCGCCGACUUCGUCAUGGCGCUCAUCUACGUCAUGGCCCUGCUGGUGGCCGCCUUCGGCGCCGCCUGGCCCGUGCUCUGCGGCCGCUACGGCCGCUGGCGCAAGCACGGCGCCUUCAUCCUGGCCACCACCGGCCUCUCCAUGGCCAUCUGGCUGGCGUGGACCGUCAUGUACCUGUACGGGAACCGGCGUGCCGGCCGCGCACCCGGCUGGGAUGACCCCACGCUGGCCAUCGCGCUGGCGUGCAACGCCGCCGCCUUCCUGCUGCUCUACGCCAUCCCCGAGGUGACGCACACGACGCGGCGCAGCCCCGAGCAGGCCUUCGAGGACGAUGGCUACCCCACGCGGGGGGUGGGCUACGAGACCAUCCUCAAGGAGCAGAAGUCGCAGAGCAUGUUCGUGGAGAACAAGGCCUUCUCCAUGGAUGAGCCGUCCUUUGCAGCCAAGAAGCCGGUGUCCCCAUACAGUGGCUACAACGGGCAGCUGCUGACCAGCGUCUACCAGCCCACCGAGAUGGCUCUGAUGCACAAGGGGAUGAGUGAAGGUGCCUACGACGUGAUCCUGCCCCGUGCCUCCACCAGCCCCAUGCCUGGCAGCGCCAGCUCCACGCUCCGAGCCGAGGAUGCCUUCACGGCGCAGGUGCGGCACUCCAGCAUCCCGAGGGACACCCGCGGCUGCCAGGUGCAGUCCCCGUACAGCAGGAACCGCUGGUGAAGCCCCCGUGACGCAGCUCCCGCAGCGCCGGCACAGCCGAGGGCUCGCCCAGCCCCAUCCCGCCCUGACUGACGCGUGAAUGCCACCCCGUGAGGUGUGAAUGCCGCCCCGGCUGGCAGCCAGAGCCGAUUCCUGCCCGUGGGACGCCUGGACACGGCCCCAGAGCCAGCGCUCCCACCUGCCCUGCCCGUCCCACCUGGCCAUGGACCCCUCAUCCCUGCCUCAAGGACUGGCUCCCGUGAGGACACCCCCGGCUGUCACCUUCGUGAUGCACAGACCCCUCUGCCACCCCCAGGCCAUGGACCCUCCAAAGCUGGGGAGCCCGUGGGACCCCGCUCAGGGCACCCCCAGCACUGAGCCCCUGGCCCUGCACUAACCCCCCCAGCCUGGGCACCCCGAGCUGAGCUGGCCCCAUCCCACCUCAGGGCACAAGGGGACACCAAGUUGUGCCCAGCUCUGUGCCUCUGUUUCCCCGUGCAGGGGAAGGGGGAUCAGUGCCUUGCUGGGGCUGGGGACCAGCCCCCCCCAGCUCUGGCCGCCUUCUCGGUGCCUUUCCCCCCCUGCAGGGAGUGGGCAGGGAGCUGGGCCCCUCGCCCUCCUUGUGGCUUUUCUGCCAAGUUUCCUUUUCAUUUUUUUCAGGUC